AUGUAUCAGGACGCCGCCAAGAAAACGUUCUCGGUUCCAACACCGGAAAAGAAGUUCGCUUCUGCAUCUGCGGAGACAAGAUCCACGUACGAUUCUCCAUGUGUAGCCCGCACUACUGGUGACCUCAGGCAGGAGAAGCGUCUGAGGAGGAGGUUGUGUCGUCAGCUGAAACGUAAUCGCUUCGAAGCCGCCCUUGGUUGUACUCACCGAGGCGGUCUUCUCAACGAACUCCGCUCCCACGGAGUUGCAAGAAGAUUCGUACGCGUGACAAAUGUCAUGAAUAGAAGAACAACUGCUGAGGCUCGAAUACCUGCUGGAUGUACUACACCUUUCGAAGUGGAAAUUGGAGUGAGGCGAGAGGCCGUGGCGGGACCCUUUCUGUUCAACUUUGCAGUCGAUAACAUUACGCGAAGACAGCCGAGCAGUGUCUGGCGUUUACGGGACCUUUUCUCGGAAGUGGACAUGGUGUACCGGCGGAUGACAGAUGGAAAACAAGCAUCUUGCCCGGCCUUUUGA